AUGGUGCUGGGAAAGCAUGAGCUGGAAGGCAAACUGGGCGAAGAGAGCCUGCUGAUAAAAAGCGGCGUGCUGCGAGACGAGAACCCCCUCGACACGAGUGCGCAGUUUCACGAUUUCCUGCUGGCAUGUCGGCAGGGCGAUUUGCAGAAAUGCCAGCAACUCAUCUCCAUGGGCGUCAAUAUCAACGGCAAAGACAAGUUUGAUUACACGCCGUUGAUUCUGGCUAGCUUGUGUGGGCAUUAUGAGUUGGUUCAGGUUUUAUUAGAAGCAGGCGCCCUCGCCGAGAGAAACACAUUCCAGGGCGAGCGCUGCAUCUACAACGCCCUCAACGACCGAAUCCGCAAUCUCCUCCUGCAGUACGACUUUUCCAAGAGCUCAGAUCCCUAUGUGUAUUGGUCAUCACACAUUUCCACUCUCUUAGGCCGGCCGGCUCCGCAGACGGCCGACAUCUCGCUCGACGCCGGCAACCGGUCCUUCAACCUGCACAAGUUCCUGCUGGCCUCCCGGACGCCGUAUUUCCGCCGGAAACUGGAGGUAGCACCGGAGACCACGCUGUAUAAACUGUCGUCGUCUAUUCCAGUGGAGGCGUUCCAGAUUGCCGUUCGCUACAUCUACUUGGGCGAUCUACCCAAGGAUCUUGCUCCGCCGGGAAGCGCCACCACCGAGGAAGAGGUUGCCAAGGGCUUGGAUAAGAUCAGCAAGCUGCUUGAAAUCGAACAGCUCUGGGAGGCCAUCUUGGUGGGCAAUGAUCGCAGAUUGGCGCGGCAGCGGUACGAGGAUGAGGUUGAGAGAGCAAGGAAUCAGAUAGGAGACUUUUUCCAGCGGAGCAUUGUUGGGCACAAGAUGGUUGUGGACAUUGACAGGGUCGACGAGGUCCGAUGGAAAUACGACAACUCCAUCUUUGCAGACAUAUUGCUGCGAGCUGAUGAGCCUGAUACCGCGGACGAACAAGCCGGUGACCACAAGGAUUCAACAUCAAAUGGCUACAUCAGCGCCGGCAUACCCAUUGGCCCGUCACAAACAACCAACGACACCAAGAAGACGCGCAAGUCAGUGCUAUAUCCCGCCCAUAAGGCCAUGCUCAUCCGCAGCGAAUACUUUGACAAGAUGUUCUCGGGCGACUUCGUCGAGUCCCAAAAGUCCAACCAUCUUCACGUCGUCACCGUCGACUGCCCGCCCGCCGUCCUGGAGCUCAUCCUCUCAUUUCUCUACACCGAAACAGCCACAUGCCCCCUCGAACACGCCUUGGAUCUUCUCUACGCUGCCGACAUGCUCUUCCUCGACAGCCUCAAGAACAAGGCCGCCGUCGCCAUCAGCACCCUCGGCAGCGGCUCCAAAAACGCCCUCAUCGACCGCACGCACAUUGGCAAUGGUGAGAAUGGUGAAAUCGUAGAGGUAGAGCCCAUCAAUAUCUACGACGUGAUCCACGCGGCUUGGGACCUGAGAGUCCAGCGCCUGGAGGAGUUUGCGGCGCGAUACCUGGCGCACCGUCUAGAGUACUACAUUGACGAGCCAGAUUUCCACGAGCUCAUCAGAGAGAGCGCAGAGCGUAUCCAGAAGCGUGAAGAGACGGAUACCAUUGAAUUGCUAGACGACAUCCGGUACUACCUCUCAGAACGCUUCCGCCUGCGCUUCGAAGACGCCGGCCUCGAAGACAUGAUGGACGAAGAAGGCGAGAUUAACGCGCAACUGGCCGCGGCGCUGGCAGACGGUGCACCAGAUGCUCAGCCCGAAGAAGCAAAGAACGGGUUGGAAACUGAUGCCGCCGUCAAUGGCGAAGCGACAACUCCUCAUCACGCUGCUGAAACAAAGAAGAGCGAGGAUGACAGCACCCAGACUGGAGAAGGGGGAGAUGCCAUGCGAACGUUGGACGGAGAGACGGCAGAAGAUGAAUUUGCGUCGGAUGCGAUUAAUUAUCAGAUUCUGCUGCAAAAGAUUGAUGCCAUGCUGGAGGGCUUGAAGCUGGAUGCAUGA